UAUAUCUUUAUAUAAUAAUAGAAAAAAAAAGGAUCAAUAACUUGAAUAUGAGUUCAGAGUCCUUAUGUAAAUAAGGGCUUUAUUUCACUAACUUUAGACAAUAUAAAAAGAUUGAAAUACAGUAUUCUUAUGCCUUUGAGAAUUAUGCCUACGAAAACGUUUUUGUUUUAAUUUUUAAGAAUGUAUUUUGCAUUAAUUUUUUUUUAUUUAAAAUUAUAUCUGUAUUAUAAAUAUGAGAUGGUAUCAUAUUAUAAAGAUGGGUGCAUUUUUAAAAAGUUGUGUCACAAGUUAUGCUCAUAAACUUACUGUGCCUUUUGUUAAGGAGAUGAAAGUGUUUGAAGCUAGUUACCCUGGACCAAAUUAUUCAUAUCUUACUGAAGUAUUAUUAUGGGGAAUUGCCUAAGGCUGUGUGCUUCCUCUCCUGAGGAUGACACACUUCUGCCUGAGCAUUUAGACCAAGAUUCAUCGUCAUCUCCGCCAACACCAAUUGAGGAACGGCCUCCAGAACCAGUAUUUUUUGUAUCGCCAAAUAUUGGAAGACCUAUUUCUCAAUUAACUGAAGAUGAACAGGUUAAAAUUGCCAAGAGAAUAGGUUUUAUCCAACAACUUCCUACUGGAAUGUAUGAUGGAAGUAAUAAAACUAAAGAAUGUCCCAUCUGCAUGGGUGACUUAUUGUUUGGAGAUUCUAUCCGUUAUUUGCCAUGUUUACAUAUAUAUCAUACUUCAUGUAUAGAUGAUUGGUUGAUGAGAUCCUUUACAUGUCCCUCCUGUGUGGAGCCUGUAGAUGCAGCUUUAUUGAGCACUUUUCAUGCAGCAUAA